CCCAUUUGCCCGCCUCAAUUUGAAACAGUCUGUACACACCGAACCAUACGGCAAACACGUCGCACUCCACAUCGUAUCGUUACUCCGUUCUCCUCCGAAGACGUACACGACGACUUGGACGUUUCUCGUUUGCUUUUUUCUUUUUCUUUACGAACGCCAACAUCGUUAUUUUCGCUUGUUCAAACGCGAUCGUCUCUCGUCUGAAGCCAAUCGUCCACUGAAAUAAUAUUAUUGUUAUUGUUCAGCAAUAUUUUCCGAUUCGUUCGUCUGCGGCGCACUGAUCACGUUGGUCUCUGCCACAAACACAAGUCCGAGAAGACGAAAAACGAUCAACAAUCAAUUGAUGACUGCGAUGGAAUCGUUCGAAAACAUCAUGUGUAGGAAUAACACCACGACGCUUCCGGACGCGCACAAGACCGGUGCCAGAAACAGGGACUUGGCCGCGGCUACGAACUUUAGCUGGACUCUCCGGACAAACGCGGUUCUUUUAGCCAUUUUUGCGGUACUACUAUGCCUGUGCCUGCUGUCCCCCAUGGCCAGCGCUGCUUCCGUUCACAGGAGGGAUGUCGCUUCAGCCAACGAGACCCUUCCGCCCGGCACCAAGCAUUGCCACCAGAACACCCCUUGCGGAUGGGCCAUCUACAUACCGUUUACACGUCGCAUCGAUUACUUCAUGAAAAACACAUGCGAGUGCCCGUCGAACCUGGCCUGCUUGAAGACCGACGACGAUCUUUCCGUGAACGCUUACGUUUACCGUUGCAAGAACAGGCCACCGUCCACCACUACCGAAGCAAGCAGCGUCGACGACGCCGAGUCCACGAUGACGGUUAAUUGAGUUUUUGACGAGGACGCGCCCCGUCGAUGAAAUCCGAAAAGAACCCCAUCAAGAGCACACAUAUUUAUUUCGUCGUCGCUGGCCACAUAAAUUUACACAAAUAUAUUCCUGAAUGCAACCAAAUCUGUCAAAUGUUCCAAUUUUUAUUACUUAUUAUUACUUUUUUAUUAGUUAUAAGGAAAGGAAUUUUUUGCUUGGCUUUUCAUUAUUUAUUCAUAUUUAUAUAUACACUAUAUUUA